AUGGCACCUUCAGCAGUCGAGACGGGAGCAGCAGCCGUUAACCCCAAGGCCGUCAACGUCCAACCCAUCUUGACACUCUCCGGAAAAGUUAUCGCAGUAACCGGCGCAAACCGCGGCAUCGGCCUCGGCGUCGCAGAAUGCUGCCUCCUCAACAACGCAGCAAAGGUCUACUCCAUCGACCUCGCGGAGCCCGGUGACGAGUUCGCCGCGGCGUCGAAGCAGUUCCCCGGCCGCCUCUUCUCGAUCUCAGCAAACGUCACCGACGAGGCGAGCAUCACCGCCGCCAUUGACAAGAUUGUCGAGGAGGCCGGCGCGAUCCACGGUGUCGUCUGCAACGCUGGCCGGACGAACCACAAGGCCGCGCUUGAUUUCACAAAGGAGGAGAUUGAGUCGUUGUUUGGUGUCAACUUGUUUGGUGCCUUUUACACCGCCAGAGCGGCGGCAAGAGCUUUCAUCAAGCUGAACAUCAAGGGCUCAGUGGUGUUUACGGCCUCCAUGGCUUCUUACCGCCCCAACAAGCGCGUCCCAUCGGCACCAUACGGCGCCUCGAAGGCUGGCGUCCGCAAUAUGGCGCACACGCUCGCCAUGGAGUGGGCAAAGUACGGCAUCCGCGUUAACAGCGUCUCGCCCGGUCUCGUCAACACGGCCAUGACCUACUGGGUGCCGCAGCAGCCGGACUGGGAGCAGCAACUCAAGUACUACGGCGGUAUGCCACGUUUGGCCGAGGUCCAGGAGCUCGGUGGCGCAUACGUUUACCUUUUGAGCGACGCUGCGAGCUAUACGACGUCGAUUGAUAUCCCCGUAAACGGUGUCAUUGGAAUCUGCUAA